AUCUAUUUCAAUAGCAAGAUGUUCGUCUGCACACUUAUGUACAGACUAUCUUAGAAACGAAUAUGAAACGAUAUCUAUACAAGAUAAGAAAAGUUUUAAAAUUACUCUUAAAGUUAAAAUUUUUAGCACGAGCCGAGGAAGUCGAACAAAAAUUAACAAAGAUUGGGUAAUAAAAGAAAACGGCAACGAAAUUAUUAGAUGCACAGUGCUUGUCUAUUGUAAGUAAUUGAAUAUUCCAUAUUAACAAAGUAUAAUAAUUCUAUAUAAAGAUAUAUAUUUUUGGGUUAACAUAGAUUAAUGUUUUACUAAAUCGUAUCAAUUGCCUGAAGCACUCUGAUUUACUGCAUUUUACAUAGUGCAGAAGAAAUUGAAAGAGUUUUACUCUAAAAAAUAGCUAUGCAUAAUAAUAAAUUAAUUUAUUAACAGAGAUGAAAAGAUUUGUCUUUUAUAAUAUUAAAUUAUGGAUUUUUUAUUCAAAGAAUUUAAUCUUGAUUGAUUAGCUUGUAUAUUCGUUAUUUGUACACAAAGAGAAUCAAGAAUGUAUAUCAGUUAUUGUGGGAAAAAUAAUUUUAAAAAAAUAUUAAAAAAUAGGGGUAUCAUGUCAAUACGGUAUGGAGAAUUCCAUCUUCUGUCAACGUGGAAUUAAUUCUUUGGCUUUCGUUUCUCUUGUUAAGGUCAUACCAAUUACGAUAAACUGUUCUAAAUAUUGUUAAAACUUCCGUUCAACGGAACGAAUGCCGAGAUAUACUAUUAAAUCUUAAUCUCAUCAACAGCUAUAGUGAGACUAUUUUAAAAUUAUAUUUCCAAUAACUUAUUGUAUUGGAAUGUAUUGUUUUUUUACAAAUAUUUUUGUUGCUAAUUAAUAUAUAUUACCGUUUAUAUACAUUUAGUAUUUUUUCUCUUGGUUAUUUUUCAGCUAAGUUAAAAAAAGUAAUUUGCAAAGAAGAAUUGCUUGAUGACACAUUAAAUUUAGCGUGCUCCAAUUCACCAAACUAUCAUCCUGC